GUGACUUCAUACUAGUCAUUAAAGGAGAACCAGAGAGACACUGUUCACUGGCCUGGAAUGUGUCUUUUCUGUAGCUCAUGUGACCAUCCUUUAAUAAGCGUAGUUUGUCUCAUUAAAGCAGCUGAAUGAAUGCAGACUGUUCCGCUUGAAGCCUCAAACUUGUUUUUCUCACAGAAAUGUCUCAUAGGUUUGUGUUUUAGAUGAGUGCACUUGAAUAACAUGCAUUUCCUUUGAUUGUGAUUCUCAUCAGGUUGCACAUUUUGGAGCCACAUAUUGGAAUCUUUCCUUAUCUUUCUGAACUUCGAUCCCGGGAUCAUCAGUUGAGAAGAGGGCAACAAUAAACUUGCUCUGUUUCAGGCUAGGCCUGAUCCCUUCAUCUUUCAGUCCCCUUCAGGUUCUCAGCAGACGUGUGUCUGAACAUGGACCCGAGCACAGUUCUCUUGUUCCCAGUACAUGCAGUAGUAUGGCUCUACUCACUCUUGAGCUUUCUCCCAUGGUACUUCCUGACUGGAGCCCAGGAAAAGAAAUCCUUGGCAAAGAGGCUCAAAUCCAGGUCAACCACGGGUCAGGCUGAAGGGCCGUAUCGAUCCGUGGAUCGCUUCGACUCCCUGGUCACGGAGGACUUUCCUGGAAAAGACACCCUUGAUAAGCUGUUUGACUAUGCGGUGGAGCGCUUCGGUAAAGCGGACUGCCUGGGAACCAGAGAAGUUCUGAGCGAAGAAAAUGAGACUCAGCCGAGUGGGAAGGUCUUCAAAAAGUUGAUUCUAGGUGAUUAUAAAUGGAUAUCCUAUGAGGAGAUGGACAUUCAGAUCAGUCAUUUUGGGAGUGGACUGGCAGCACUAGGCCAACAGCCAAAAAGCACCAUCGCUAUUUUCUGUGAGACAAGGGCAGAGUGGAUGAUCACGGCUCAGACCUGCUUUAGACACAAUUUCCCAUUGGUCACCUUUUAUGCAACUCUGGGAGAAGAGGCAGUGGCUUUCGGAUUGAAUGAGUGUGGAGUUACACACCUGGUCACCAGCGUCGAACUGCUAGAAACCAAACUGAAGGAUGUUCUUUCUCAAAUCCCCAAUCUGAGGCACAUCAUCUAUGUGGACAGGAAGAGCAUCAGCACAGCUGGGUAUCCACAGGGCGUCCAGAUCCACAGCAUGCACUAUGUGCAAGAGCUGGGAGCCAAGCCAGAAAAUUUGAGAAGACCCGUAGUGAAGCCCGUCCCAUCAGACCUCGCUGUUAUCAUGUACACCAGCGGCUCCACCGGUAGACCUAAAGGGGUGAUGAUUGUUCACAGUAACCUGAUCGGGGGCAUGGCAGGCCAGUGCGAGAGGAUACCUGGAUUGGGCUCAAAGGAUACAUAUAUUGCCUAUCUGCCUCUUGCUCAUGUGCUGGAAAUGACGGCUGAGAUCUCCUGUGUGAUGUACGGCUGCAGGAUCGGCUAUUCCUCACCACAAACACUGUCUGAUCAGUCCACCAAAAUUAAGAAAGGAAGUAAAGGUGACUGCACCGUGCUCAAACCUUCUCUAAUGGCGGCUGUACCCGAAAUAAUGGACCGGAUCAAUAAGAACGUCAUGAGUAAAGUGCAGGAGAUGAACUGCGUGCAGAGAACCCUGUUCAAACUGGCCUAUGACUACAAGCUCGAGCAGAUCAAGAGGGGUUAUGAUGCACCUCUGUGCAACAUUUUGUUUAAGAAAGUCAGAUCUCUGCUGGGUGGAAACGUGCGGAUGAUGCUGUCCGGAGGAGCCCCUCUGUCUCCUGCCACUCAGCGCUUCAUGAACAUCUGCUUCUGCUGUCCUGUUGGUCAGGGUUACGGUCUUACUGAGACCUGCGGAGCGGGAACUAUAACCGAGGUUGCUGACUAUAGCACAGGACGAGUAGGAGCUCCUCUGAUCUGCUGUGAGAUCAAACUCAAAGACUGGGCAGAAGGAGGCUAUACGAAGCAUGACAAGCCUCAUCCACGUGGUGAGAUCCUCAUCGGAGGUCCUAACGUGACCAUGGGUUACUACAGGAGUGAAGGCUGUAUCAACGAGGACUUCUUUGUGGAUGAGAACGGCCAGCAGUGGUUCUGCACUGGUGAUAUCGGAGAGAUGCACCCUGACGGCUGUCUUCAGAUUGUUGAUCGCAAGAAGGACCUUGUGAAACUCCAAGCUGGGGACUACGUCUCUUUAGGCAAAGUUGAGUCCGCUCUGAAGAACUGCUCUCUCGUUGACAACAUCUGUGCUUACGCAAACAGUGACCAGAACUACGUUAUCAGCUUCAUUGUUCCUAAUCAGAAGAAGCUGACCGCUCUUGCCAGGCAGAAGGGCAUUGAAGGCUCGUGGGAAGAGAUUUGCAACCACCCGGUUAUGGAAAGGGAAGUUCUGAGAGAAAUUAAAGAAGUUGCAAUUUCAAUUAAACUCCAGCGUUUUGAAAUACCAGUUAUGGUCCAUCUGAGUCCGGAGCCUUGGACCCCUGAAACGGGUCUGGUGACGGACGCAUUCAAACUCAAGAGGAAGGAGCUCAAGAACCACUAUCUCAACGACAUCGAAAGAAUGUAUGGCCACAAGUAGGACCAAAGAAAUCUUCAUCAGCUCUUCACCGUGAAACAUUACUUUUUAUCAAUAAAUGUUAAAUACAACUGUU